AUGGUCUUUACUGCCGAACAACUCGAUCAAUUGCGUGAGCAAGAAAAGGAAACCAUUCUUCCUGCGUUCAACUCAGAUGUGGCUUGGGAGCUGGGUCAAAUUGUCCGUAAGAACGCUCUCAAAUUCCCCAAUUCUGUUUUAAUUAGCAUCACUGGUGCCAAUGGCCUUGUUCUUUUCCAAACUACCACCAGAUCAGGUGUCACUCUUGACAACCAAUCAUGGGUCGAGCGUAAGAGAAGGGUGGUCACAUAUUUUGAAAAGUCCAGUUUCUUAAUGGGUCGCAGUUUGGAGGCCGAUAAUAUUGGUCUUGACUUGUUCGGAAAGUCUGAUGCCGACUAUGCUACUCAUGGAGGUGGUUUCCCUAUCCGUGUCAAAGGUACUGACAGUCUUGCUGGAGUCGUGGUUGUCAGUGGACUCAAGCAAGAGGAUGACCAUGCAGUUGCAGUUGAAUCCAUUAAGCAAUACCUCGCUACUUUAGCUUAA